GCAGUUCUCCAGUUAGGAAAAGUAGAGAACCUGGAGAAAAACCCCUUCAUCAAAGCAAACCGCUGAACAAAGUCAUCGUUUCAUUUGUGAAACCAACUGGAACCCCCGAGAUACGAUCUGAAGACAUCUACUCAAACAGCGUCAGCCCAACCAAGGAGCCUACAGAUAGUCCACGGUUUGAGCAUGCGUACAUCCCAGGUGACGUCAUACGUCACCUAGGCGCAUACCAUAGUCAGAUGACGAGUCACAUGACACCAAUAAGCACGUGCCUUGAUGAUGACGUGCAAUCUGAACGUUCGUAUGGUGAAAACGUUAUUGGGUACUCGCCGGGUGUGACGUCAAGAACAAAUAUCCUAUCCCACAUGGCGAAGCACAAAACGUCUUGGGUGGAGAAUUCUAUACAGAAUCGUGUACAAACAGCACAAAGGACAAGUCCUAUUCUUGUGAAAGGAACGAAUCCAAACUCCUUCGAGACUCCUUACGAAAAAAGCCAGAGGUCCAAAGACACUAGUACUAAGGGGGUGAGGAACGGGAAACGAUAUGACCUGUUGCCGAUAUGCAAAUAUUUGGCGCACUUUCAAAACCAGAUAAAAAUGGCCAACAAAGAAGAAAAAAGAUUACCACUAGUGCGUAUUAGCUCUGUGCAAAGAAUGCCCUCUCUACCUUCUCCAAGUGAACAUCAAUCCCGUUUGCCAGGUUUUUACCCAAGAUUUUACAGAGGAAAGACGUUCUUCACCGAGCGCCACCAGUUUAAACCACGAGAGGCACGAUCUCUGCCCACACGAGGGGAAGCAGCAUUUAUAGAAAUAAGAGAACAGCUUCCUCGACUUUAUAGAAAACAAUAUAAUGCGCCGGUAGUCGUCAUGGGAAGAGAACAAAAAGCUAUAACAUCGUCGCGAGAAAAGGUGGCGCUCCCUGUUGUUACGUAACGGAUAGCCGUUUUGAACCAGCUGAGCUGAGAGUUUUUUAUAGCCAGUCAGAAUUGAGAAAAUUUGCAAAACUGAGUUAUCACUAUUCCUCUUGAAAUUUUGGAUUUCCAUGCCAUCAAAUGAAAAGAAAAAUGUUGCUUAUAAUAGUGACAUACUAUCCAAUAUUUUUAUUUUAUUGGCAGGCAUGUUUUUGGGUUUUCGUAGUCAAUUUUUACAAUCAGUGACAGUCAGUUUUGAAGUGACGUCGUUUCUAGUCAUGGUUGGAAGUAGUUCGCAAGCAAAGUUUUGGUCAGCAAUAAAUACAAGAGAAGGCAAAAAAGUUUGUACGAUGUUUUGACCUUUAAGUCAAGGUUUGGAGCUUACAAAGUUAUUUUAGAAAGCAGAUAAAGUUAUUUCAAAAAAGGUUGGUAAAGGUUUUGUUGCAGGAGAUAUACCAAGUCCUUAAUGUACUAUGGGUGAUGGAGAUUGAUGUGAAUCCAAUCUGCGAUAGGUCCGACAACGAUAUGGAAUUUAACCAAACUUUGUCUGCACGUUUUUCCUGUAUAUUUUCUCAGUUCUGUGCUGACAUUUCAAUUUCAAUACAUAUUUCAAUCUUCGUAAACAAAAUUCUGCAACGAUUACCUUCGCAGAACGUUCUUUUGAAAUAGCUGUAUAUAUUUACUAUAGAACUAUAGUUAGGAUUUAGAAUUUAGGAUAGUAAGGAUACUGAAGAAAAGUAAAAAAAACCACAUACAUUUACUUUAGAAUUCGAAAUGAAAUAUUGGAGUACAUCAUGAGUUUUGAGCUGUGUGCCCAUCACGCUUCACUAGUUCUUUGAUUAUUUUUUUGUUUCCUUAUAAUUAUAUAAAACUGCAUCAUAAUCAACUGAAAUUAAAAGCGUGGAAGAGUUGAGAAUAUA